CUUGCAGUAUAUUUAUGUACAGGCAAGUAAAUAAAGUACUCCACUGUAUUUUACUUCUGUGGAAGCUGAGGUUAAGGGCACAGUUGGACUGUUGCUUUUUCUUUGUGGAGGUCAAACCAGCAACCUUCUGGUUACCAUCCCUGAGCGCCAGAGAUCUCCUCAUUACUUUCUGACGUCAUGCUGUAAAUGCUAUUAAUAUCAUAUUAAAUCAUACCUCUCAUUGCAGUGUUGGAGGUUAACCAUUCCUGGUGCUCUGAGACCUUUUCUUGUGCUGCAUAAGGAACACUUGGAAGAAUGGAUCAGCUUCAUAGAGUGGGAAUUGGAGUUAAAUGUACCAGACUCAAUCUAACUGUACCACAGCAUCUCUGAGGAUCUCUAAUCAGAGCGCCGUCCUUUGCUGCUCUGACAGGCAGUUUCUGGGUCAGUCCUCAGCCUUGAGAGAGGGCCCAAUCCACCAGCAUCACAGAGAGAAAGAGAGAGAGAGGGAGAGGGAGGUAUUUAUAGAAAAAUGGGGCUUCACUGUACCUUUUUCUUGCAAAAGAAUCAUUAAAAGACCCAGCUAGCUUGUCCCAGAUUUCUGCUCGGUGCUCUGCAAGAGGGUUAGGACUGGACCAACUCAGUGGAGAUGUAGAGCCACGGCUGCAGAGAGCUUGACAGCGCUCUCUUGAUCUACACUGGACUGAUAUCUUCAUUGAAAGAUCCUCGAUGGAGGCUAAACCUGCUGGAUCGAUUCCUUCACUGAAGGCUUUUUGGUAAAAAUGGAGCAGUGACUUGUUGAGGAGGGUGAUGAGGUGCUGACCUGAUGUGACCUCUUAGAGCUUGACUUUGACACCACUCAGAAGACCCAGAAACCAUGAUGAGAAGAUUUUUGAAGAGCCAGAAGGGCCGUUUUUCUCUUCGCCAAAGCCGAUCGGGAUCCCGCAGUGCCUCCAAAGAUUUCUACCCAAACCCUAACGUCCUGAGAGAAUUCCCACUGAAUAUUGAACUGGGCCUUCCAGCAAAUAACCAGGGUUGGCCAGAGGAAUUUGGCUUUAAGCUGGGUGGAGAUGGACCCAGUUACAUCCUCUCUGUGGUGGAGGGCAGCAGCGCUUACAUGGCCGGGCUGCAGCCAGGUGACCAGGUUCUGGAGAUCGACGGGCAGAACGUCUCCACCCUCAGCACCAAAGCUCUCAUCGCUCUGGCUCAGACCCUCAAGACUGUGCCGCCCAGCAUCGGAGUCGUGUCUAGAAUUGAACAGAUGGACAUUGCCCCAGGGCCUGAUGGUCGUUUUGGCUUCACCAUAGUGGGAGACAGUCCCCUGCUGGUGGAGGACUGCAUGUCCAACUCUCCAGCCGGCCGGAGUGGACUGCGAGCUGGAGACUAUGUAAUGGAGGUGAAUGGGAUUCCAGUGAAACAUCACGAGACGGCGGCGGCCAUGAUCAAGGCCUCUCAGGGACGUACACUGCGUCUGGGUGUGCUCCGCAUGAACCGCUGGCAGAAACGCACCAGCAGCAGCAUGAAAGAGACGUAUCAGAGCGGAGACAUCGUGAGGCAGGACCGCAAGCACAAAGCUCUGGAGUUCAACAAGAAGGUUGAGGAGAUUUUAGGGGAGGAGCCUGAGGUGAAAGAGAGGCUGUUUGAUUUGCUGAAGCAGUAUGCAAAUGAGAGGGAUGUUGAAGGGUUAGCAUCCACACUUCCAGAAAUACUGCUCACCGAGGAGCAUCAGCAACUGAUUGACAGCAUCAGGAUCUUCAUCCCUAAGAAGCACAGGCAGCGCUUUGAUGAGAUGGUCUCUCAGAGUUUGAUCAGUCGGUUGAGGGGCCGAAGCUUCAGCGAGCACAGGAACAAUCGCCUACGGCGCAGCCGGAGCGAAGACCACCCCGAUCGACUGCUGUCUGUGUCCACUAGAGCCAGUUCUGUGCCCCGGACCUCAAAUGAGGAUGUAGCCAUGCCUCCUGCCCGUGGCCUCCGCAAGACCACCUCUCUCAUCGCAGGCCAUUCCAGCUCCUUCUCCACCCGCAGGACAGUACGCGUGUACAAAGGGAACCAGAGUUUUGGGUUCACUCUGCGUGGCCAUGCUCCAGUCUGGAUUGACUCCGUAAUACCAGGCAGCCCUGCUGAGAAGGCGGGUCUCAAACCUGGAGAUCGCAUCCUGUUUCUCAAUGGUUUGGACAUGAGGAGCUGUUCACAUGAGAAGGUGGUUUCUAUGCUGCAGGGGAGUGGGGCAAUGCCCAGCCUGGUGGUUGAAGACGGCUCGCCAGCCUUCCCCAUGCCUGAACCAGAGCAGGUGGAAGUUUCUCCCCGCUCUCGUGGUCCUGUGCUCAGCUCCCUGCAGUGGGUCGCUGAGAUCCUGCCUCCCAGUAUCCGCGUACAGGGCCGCACCUUCAGCCAGCAGCUCGAGCACCUUCUCACGCUUCAGGAGAGAUACACCAUUUGCAAGGCCCUGGAGGCCUUCUUUCAGCACAGAAAUGUAGACACUUUGAUUGUGGACGUCUUCCCUGUGUUGGAUACCCCAGCAAAACAGGUGAUCUGGCAGUUCGUUUACCAGUUGCUGACCUAUGAGGAGCAGGAACACUGCCAGAACAAGAUUUCCCGCUUCCUUGGCUAUAAAGUCACACCAGAUCCUGAACCUCCAGCCCAUGAGCCUCACCGUCGCAGCAGCUCCAUGAAGGUGACGGGAACCACCUAUAGGAGCAGUGUGAGGGGACGCAGCUCAGAUGAUCUGGUUAUCGGCACUCACCUGGGCAUGGGAAUUUGCUCUGAGCCAGUGGAGCUGGCACCUAUGAGACUGACUCCUGGAGAGAGACAAUCAGGGGAUGGAACGUCAUUACCAGAGACACCCAACAAUCUGACUAAUCUGUCAGCUGUUUAUGCCGAACUGGAGAAUGUCUAUGCCGGGAAGAGAUCCAAAUCCCUGAAGAGUCGGCCUCCUCCUGCUCCUGACACUAUGGUUAGCGUGGAUGUCUUCCCGCACGCUUCCUCACAGUCUGUCAGGGCGCACUCUUCCUCUCCAUCUGUUCGGGCUACUUCAGGUAGCCGCAAAUCUGCAUCAGCGCAGCCUGUGCCGCCUCCUCCGCCACCUCCACCUCCUCCUUCACAGCCUGACUCUUGGACUCAGGAACCUCCCCUCAGUCCUCAGUGCCCCUGUUACCCUCCAGGUCUUCCCUCUCAAACAAGUGCUGAGUCCAACCCCUACAUCAGUUUAGACAGCCCACCUCUCUCUCCACCCUCUCCUCCCGACUACCCUCCUAGUCCACCCAUUCGCAAGAAGCGCUAUACCUUCUCUCGUCCACCCCGUACCCCAGACACAGAUCUGUUCAUGGAGGCUCUGAGUGAACAGCUAGGACAGCAGUUAUCUGUGGAUGACUUCCUGUCACCAGAAAAUGACUAUGAAGAGGAUAUUGUCCAGAUGACUUUCCAGAAUGAUGAAGAGGAGGUAGAGGAGGAAGAUGAGGAGGAGGAGGAAGAGGAAGAGGAGGAGGAGGAAGAGGGUCCGUACAUGCCUCCCGAGCUAAGCAGUCCAAGCGAAGUGCAUAGUAGCAGCGAGGAUGCCAGCUCUCUCACCUACUCCUCCAGCUCUGAGCACAUUCCUCCACCCCCUCUGACUCCUCCACCCCCUCCACCUGUCCAAUUCAAUGACCCCCCUCCACCUGCUAGAUUCACCCCUGACCACACACCCCGACAGAUGACCUUCCGUCGCCACCCUGGACCUCCUCCUCCGCCUCCGCCAAGGGCUAACCCGCCUCCAAAACGGCAGUCCAUUCAUAAGGUGUUGCCCACGCGUGAUGAGAUGAUGACUCAGCAUCAAGUCCUUCAGGAGCACCACUCACUUCCAGUUCAACCAACAGCCGGCCACCCUCAGCAAUCUCAGCAGCAGAUGCACCAAUCUCUGCCCCCUAUGCACUCUCCAGAAAUAAACCAGCCAUCCAUCCCCAGUCAUGCAAUCUACGAUAUGCACCAUCAGGGUAAUCCAGCCCACCAGGUUCAUCAACACCACCAAAUGCAACAGGAUCACCAGAUGCAUCAAAUGUAUCAAAAUAAACCAAGUCACCAAUCUCAGUCAAUCAAAGUGCACAAAAGCCGCCACUCACACCAGACAAUUCAGACUCAGCUCUCUAGUUCUAUGGAUAGGCUUGAUAGGAUUGAAAGAAAAGAACGCUCAGAUAGACAAAUCUAUGAGAUGCAGCCCCAACCCUUGCAUUCAGAUCAACAAAUAAACCAUGCUUAUCAGAUGCAUCAAAGUCAUCAGGCUCACCUCUCAAGCUCUAUGGAUAGACUUGACCAAUUGGAGCACCUCCAGCGCUUGGAACGCUUGGAGCAUUUGGAGCGAAUUGAGAGACUGGAAAGGGCGGAUAGACAAAUGCACAGAGCGCACAUGGCUCAAGCCGUUUCUCAAGCUAUUCAACCAUCUCAGCAAACUCAGCAACAGUACCACCACCAGAUGAACCAAGCUCAUCAAGCCUACCCACCCAACCAGCCUCCUCCGCCAAACCGCCACAUUCACCAGAUUGAACACAUACACCAGGUUCAGCCCAUUCAGUCGGCUCCUCAGUACCACCAGAUCCACCAGCCCCACCAACCUCACCAGACCCAACAGAUUCUGUCGACCUUCCAACCUCAUCCUUCACAGCAACAGCAGCUUCAGCAGCAACAGAUACAGCAGCAACAGAUGCAGCAGCAACAACAACUUCAGCAGCAGCAGAUUCAACAGCAGCAACAACUUCAACAACAGCUUCAGCAACAGCAAAUUCAGCAGCAGCAAGUUCAGCAGCAACAACAGAUUCAGCAGCAGCAACAGCAUCGCUCAACCCCUCAGAUUCCCCCCAUUGCACAGGCCAGGCAGAGCCCUCAACCGAUGUACCAUGAAUAUCGUCAUCACCACCACCACCAUAGCCACCAUGAAACCCAGUCCCAAACACAACCACCAAGUACACCCCAAUCUCAAACUCACCACCCGACUGAAGAGUCCACUGUGGAGCCACCUCCUCCACCACCUUUACCCCCACCUUGCGUGCCUCCUCCUCUACCAAAGGCCUCACCGCAAAAAUCAGAUUCCAGUCAUAUGAGUGUAAAGAGGCUACGCUGGGAACAGGUGGAAAAUUCUGAGGGAACCAUUUGGGGACAGUUAGAAGAAGACUCUGACUAUGACAAGCUCAGUGACAUGGUGAAAUACCUUGACUUGGAGCUUCAUUUUGGGACACAAAAGAGCCCCGUUUCUCUUCCAGAGCUCUCACCUCAGGUGGAUACUUUCAAGAAGAAAGAUGUGGUGGAGAUUCUCUCCCAUAAGAAAGCCUACAAUGCUUCAAUCUUGAUUGCCCAUCUGAAGCUGUCGCCAGGCGAGUUACGGCAGGUGCUGAUGACAAUGUCGAGCGAACGUUUGGAGUCACCACAUAUUAAGCAACUGCUCCUGUAUGCACCAGACGAUGAUGAGGUCAGACAGUAUGAGCAGUACAGAGAUGACCCAAGUAAACUCAGCGAGCCUGAUCAGUUUGUCCUUCAGAUGCUUUCUGUGCCAGAGUAUAAGACCCGCUUGAAAAGCCUGCAUUUUAAGACUACACUGCAAGAGAAAACAGAGGAGAUGAGAGGGGCCUACGACUGUGUUUUCAAAGCUUCACUGGAGCUCAAGAACAGCAAAAAACUGGCCAAGAUUCUGGAGUUUGUGCUGGCUAUGGGGAAUUAUCUGAAUAAUGGCCAACCCAAGACCAAUAAAACGACUGGAUUUAAGAUCAAUUUUCUCACUGAACUCAGUACCACCAAAACAGUGGAUGGAAAGUCAACAUUUCUUCAUAUCCUGGUGAAAUCAUUGUGCCAGCACUUUCCUGAGGUUCUGGACUUUAGGAAGGAGCUUGUGACGGUGCCACAAGCAGCCAAAGUGAAUCAGAGAAACAUCACCUCCGACUUUAAUGACCUACAUUCCACAAUCCAGGACAUUCGAUUAGCUUGCCAGAAGAUGCCAGCCACUGCUGAGGAUCGAUUUGCUGUUGUUAUGAGUGGAUUUCUGGAAAACAGUCACCCUGCAGUGCAGUCUCUGGAGUCUCUGCAGCAGCUGGCGAUGGAAGAGUUCUGCAAAGUCGCAUCGUUCUUCGGGGAGGAUGGAAAGACCACCACCACUGAGAGUUUCUUUGGUAUCUUUGCUGAGUUCAUUGCCAAGUUUGAGAGGGCUUUGAGUGAUAUCCAGACCACAGAAAACCCUCCACGCAGCCCCAGGAGCCCUCGCACAGCCUCUCCUGUAGCCUGGUGACGAAACCAUCCAACAUGAGGCAAACAGAAUUACAGUACAUAAACGCUCACUUACAUACACUCCUAUACCUGUCCAGUCUGAUUUAGUGAUAACCUUAUGGUAAUUCAAGGACAUGUGUACAGUAACAAUAUAAUGCAUAAGCACCAGAGUCCUGGUAAGUUAUACUGAUGAACUCUCAGGCACAGAUCGGACAGGAAAGCUUCUGUUGUAGAGCAAAUAGUGGAGGGAAAAAUCAUAAAUGGCUUUAAAACAUUUGGUCUAGGAUGUUACUUACAAGAUGGACUAUUUGUUUGUUCCUGGCACUCAAAAACCAAGACGUUUUGUGCCUCUUGUAAAUGGACGAGUUAAAAGUUGGGGCGAGAAUUGCCGGCAAACAUUUUGCAGUGGAUUUGUAAACAUAAUAAGUGCAGUUAAGAUAUAUUUAAUGUAAAGUGUAAUUAGGACUGUGAGCGUCAGAUUUGACUGACUUGAUAUAUUAAUAAAAGUGUUGCUUAGGAGAAAA